CAUCAAUUUAGCAUUAUAGAAGUUUGUUUGUCCUCCAACAUGGACAUGGGGGGUAUUAUAGAUCGUGACUAUUUGGAGGAAGUAACAAAUCGCUGGUUGGUGGAAGAUUUAUACAAUCAAAUCAUAUUUGGUGAGUGGGAAAUAGUUGUUCAGAACUACAGAAAUAAUUACAACUUGUUUCGCAAUCAUGAGCUCAACAAGUUAGGGGAAACGGCAUUGCACUUAAUUGUCUCCCAUGGCCCAGAAAAUAUUGUUGAAGACCUUGUACAAAUAAUUUCUCAAAAAAGCUCAAUCGAAGAGGUUCUAACCAAAAAAAAUAAUCAGGGGAAUAACCCUUUGCAUCUGGCAGCAGCAACGGGGAGUCUGAGAAAGUGUAUCUGCAUUGCUGAAGCAUAUCCAUCAUUGGGGAAUGCACGUAACCAGAUGGGAGAGAGCCCUUUAUUCUUGGCCGCUCUACAUGGUAAAACAGACAUAUUCGUUUGUCUUUUUCACAUCUGUAGUAAAUAUCUAGACGAAUCCUACUAUAGGAGAAAUGCUGGAGAGACUAUUCUACACUGUGCCAUCAAGAGGGAGUGUUGGGAUUUGGCAUAUCGAAUACUUCUCCAGCACGAAACCCUCGUUACUUCUGUGGACGAGCAUGGAAUCUUGCCUCUCAAUCUCAUAGCAGAUAAGCCUGCCGCCUUCAGAAGUGGUUGCCACCUUGGGUGGUGGAACGAGAUCAUGUAUCAUUGUAUACCUGUUGAUGAUGUGCUCAAGCCAAUCGAUCCAGGGCAAAUGAUUAAAAGAUGCAAGGGCAAACUAAGUCCCCAUUUUCCGGAGAACUACAAAACUUGCGUCAACUUCUAUCGAUUGUUGGGAAAAAUGGCUCGAGAUGUGUUUACCAAAGGAAAAGCGCUUAACAAAGGCAGGAAAGCAGAUGUAGAGAAAGGAUCGAAUGUUAUUCCUGAUCAGUCAAAAGAUUCAAAACAUCAAGGACCCCAAGCUAGAAGUGAAGGUCAAAAGCUUCAUUUAAUUCAGAGAUAUUCUCGCGCAUGCUAUGACAUUGCCGUAUUUGUAUACACAGCAAUACUGGUCAUCGUUGGAGUUGGAUCAGAUGAAUUAAAGAAGAUAAAAGAGAAGCACGUUUUAUCUCUUAGAGUCCUAAAACGUACUAUCAAAGCUUUACCCAUAAAUUAUUACAUUUUGGAAAAAGGGCAGAACCCUGGGCGGAUACUAUUCCUCCAGGAACCUACUGUGGACGAAGUUAUUGACAUGGACAUCGGUUCAUCCUCUAAAGACAAGUUUCCAAUGGCUAUCCAUGAUGAUACGGACGAAGGCAAAAAUAUAGCACUCUUGGUAGUGGAUAAUAGGCAACCCCAGAUACAUCAGCUAUUGCUUAAGAGAGAGCUACUUACAGAGACAAUGCUGCAAAAAUUGGAUAAAGACGGGAACAACGCAUUACAUCUUGCAGCGAAGCUAUGGAUAAGUUCAUCCUCUAAAGAGGAUGAGCUUAUGAAAAAAGAGACAUCCAUAUUGGCUGCGGCUAGAAAUGGUAUCACGGAAAUAGUCGAGGAAAUACUCAGCAAGUGUUCAAUGUCGAUCCAUGAUGAGAUGGACGAAGGCAAAAAUAUAGCACUCUUGGCAGUGGAGAACAGACAACCCACGAUCUAUCAGCUAUUGCUUAAGAGAGGGUUACUGACAGAGACAAUGCUGCAAAAAUUGGAUAAAGACGGGAACAACGCAUUGCAUCUUGCAGCGAAGCUAGGAAUAAAUAAGCCCUAGCUAAUUCCUGGGGCCGCAUUGCAAAUGCAAUGGGAAAUCAAGUGGUACGAGGUAUGAACUCAAAACCAUCUUGAACUGCUUGAUUUUUAUCAAACAGCUUGCCUAGGCGUUUGACUGCUGCAUGCCCUGAACCUUACAUGAAAUAUAGCGUUGCAAAUGCUGGCCUACUAAAAGUAGUUGAAUCAUGUUUCUUUAUUGGGCAAAUUACAAUUUGCUCAUCUCUAAUUUAACUGGAAUUUAAGUUGUUUAUCUGUGGUUUGAAAUUUUAUAUUUUA